AUGGGGCUGGAGCUCCGGCUGAGCAUCGCCAUCCGUGUGGCGUCAGGGAGUCACCUGGAAGUAGUCACUCUGGGCGGGAUAACCGGAACAACAAGAUGGCGGAGAGUAAAGAGUUUCGGCAGGAGUCCUUCCUGUAGCAGCCGAGACCUCAGCGUGUCGACAGGAGAAACAGCCGCGCGGGACCACACCAACAGCAGCAUGAACCUCCAGCAGCCGGCACCUCUCGUCCCCCCCGUCCACCCUGAUGUGCAAAUGAAGCCCCUCCCCUUCUAUGAUGUGCUGGACAUCCUCAUCAAGCCUUCGAGUCUAGGAGCGGGUCCUGCACAGAGGUACCACCAAGAGAAAUACUUCAUCUUUGCCCUGACACCACAACAAGUUCGUGAAGUGUGCAUAUCCAGGGAUUUUCUACCAGGGGGAAGACGAGACUAUAUGGUUCAGAUUCAACUGAGGUUUUGCUUAUCAGAGACGAGUUGCCCUCAAGAGGACAACUACCCAAACAGUCUUUGUAUAAAGGUCAAUGGGAAGCUUUUCCCUCUGCCAGGUUAUGCACCACCACCAAAAAACGGUGUGGAACAGAAGAGACCGGGAAGACCUCUCAACAUCACCUCUCUGGUCCGCCUCUCCUCCGCCGUACCCAAUCAGAUUUCAGUGACAUGGGCACCUGAAAUUGGAAAAACGUACUCCAUGUCUGUGUACCUGGUGAGGCAGCUGACAUCCCCACUGCUCCUGCAGAGGCUGAGGAUGAAGGGCAUCAGAAACCCAGACCACUCCAGAGCACUGAUUAAAGAGAAGCUGACAGCAGAUCCAGACAGUGAGAUUGCUACAACGAGCCUUCGAGUCUCACUCCUGUGCCCGCUGGGUAAGAUGCGCCUGACGGUGCCGUGCCGGGCGGUGACCUGCUCCCACCUGCAGUGCUUUGACGCGGCCCUGUACCUGCAGAUGAAUGAGAAGAAACCCACCUGGAUCUGUCCUGUGUGUGACAAGAAGGCUGCGUACGAGAGUCUCAUCAUCGACGGUCUAUUCCUGGAGAUCCUGAACGACUGCUCCGAUGUGGAUGAAAUCAAGUUCCAGGAGGACGGAACCUGGUGUCCCAUGAGACCCAAGAAAGAAGCCGUCAAAGUUCCCUCGCAGUCAAUUUCAAAAGUGGAGAUGUCAGCUCCUUCGCGCCAGUCUGCAGCGGUCCCCCACUCCACUGAGCCCAUCACCACCAAGAAGGCAGAUGUGAUCGAUCUGACUCUGGAAAGCUCGUCCUCCUCUUCCUCUGAUGAAGAGGACUCGGACCCUCCCCUGAAGAAACGCUGCAUUUACAUUUCCAAGACUGAGGAGAUGCAUCCGAAGGGAGUGUUGACCUACCAGCCCACUGUGCGUGUGCCAAAUGUCCAGUCCCUGGACCCGUCCUACCUGAGCUCCACACUGGCUGACUAUGCAGUCCCCUUCCACCCCUCCACCCUGGCCUCCAUCCCCACUGACAUGCAGAGUCUGGAUCUGUUUUCCUUAAUCCAAGCAGAUCCUCAGCAUUAUCGGCCGCAGAUGUUCCUGGACAACCUGGCCAGCAGCAUGCAGAGUGCAGCCAGCACCUCCUCCGCCCUGGUGUCCUCCUCCAGCAGCCACUACGACACCAGCUCCCACGCUGCCAGCUCCCUCCACGAGACCCGGGUCAUCACUGGAGGAGGGGGGGGCGCCGGAGGGGGGGCUGACAGCGGCAUUUCAGAUAUAAUUUCACUAGACUGAGCCACGUCUUACUGGACCGCUCCAGGCCUGUUUUCUGUGGCCUUCUCAGUGUGCACUACGUGAACAUGCCAUGUCGAAUUUUCCUAAUUGGUAUACAUGAGUACUUUGAUGAACUGAGCAUUUUAACGGUGUAAAAAACGGUAUCCAGGCAUGUUUCUUUUUGCCGUUGGGGUUCUUCAAAAGGGUUUUGCACACAGGAUGAUAAAUAAUUUGAUGGCCAAAGAGAACAUUGUGAGUCAGUGUAUUGCUAUCUCUCUUGACCAAGUACUCAUCUCUUGGUCCGUUCAGGAGGCAGUGAUCACCCGCCCCCCCGCCUGCAAACAAUAUGUUGAAGUGUCAUCUGGCAAGAUAAUGAGCCCCAUAUUGCCAACGAUGGCAUGGCCAACAGUGUGUGAGUUUGUGUGCAUGAAUAUGUAUCACUCCUGAUGAGCAGGUGGCACCUUGGAUGGCAGCCCUCUGCCUCUGUAUGAAUGUGUGUAAAUGGGUGCUGACGUGUUGUAAAAGCGCUUUGAGUGGUCCCAGAGACUGGAAGAUCCGUAUACAGCAGUGGAAGAAAUUAAGAAACCACUCAAUCUCUACAUGUAUGGCAGCCAUUCCAGUCUAGUGUCCGUUGAAGUCCAACACAGAUAAAUGUGGUCAGUAGUUUAUAGAACAAAAGAAAAACUAAAUAAUUGUACUCAAACACAUAGCUAUACAAAGUAAAACCAGAGGUGUUGAUAAUGCUGCAGUGGUAUCUUGUUGUUUUUUCCAGAGCUGUACAUGCAGUUCAUUUAUUAGACUUUAGGAAAUAUUCUCAUGUGCUCUUUAACCUCACAUGCUCACAUUUCAAACUGAGUUUUUUGCAUUGGUUUUCUACCAAAUGUCCCCAGCGUUUUAGCUUUGGUUUGGUUAUACAUUUACCAGUGGUUUAGCCUUGGUUCAGUCCAGUUGUUUUGAUCACAGUUGGUCGCAUCCUUAGGAAAACCCUGUCUCCCUCUGGCUAGCUUUCUGUGUCACUUUUCCCCCCCACCACUCAUUGACUUCAGCUCUGUGCCAUUAUAUGUUUUCCAAUCAGUGGAACUGGCCAUCCUUUAACAGUAAAGAAAGUCAUUAGUUGUAGUGUAACCUGGGGAAUAUUUGGUAGUUUUUUUUCAUCAUUAUGAACUGAACAUCUAGUCUUUUGGCCAUCCUUAUUUUCUUAUUUAUGUGAAUAACACACUCAGCUCUGUAGUUUUUUUUUUCUCCGGCAGAUAGAUAAAUAUCUGUAAUUAUUGGAAAUGUUUAGAACAUUGAAAUCUUCAUUUAUACCAAUUUGUUGACUUACAAAAGACAUGCUGACGUGACCUGGUUGAUCUGCACUGUGCCUCAACAUGGAACAGAGGCGGGCCGGAUGGAAGGAGAGCUUGGACUCGUUGCUCAACUUGUUUCAAACAUCCAUGCUGGUGAAAGAAUUGUUAGAAGCAGGAUGAAAAAUACUUAUGGACUGCUGAACAGACUGCUGACUGUAAACAUAAAAGGCAGGUCGGUUAUUCAAAUGUUUUUUUUAUCGGUUCUACCAGUUGUUACAGAGCAGCCUUCAAUGUAAAAUGUUCCUUUGUAAUUUAGUCAGAGCAAUAAUAAUUUAAUUAGGUAAACAAAGUUGUAAAUGUAGUUCAGAUACUCAAUAAAUGGUUCCAGUUGGUUUCCA